UCAGAUGUGACACUUUCAUUUCAUGCUAUAAUGCUGGACUUUGUAUUGUAUUUGGAGAAUACCUGGGAAUUUAUAAACCUGUGCAGUGAAAUGUGUACAAGCCUCUUAAUUUACUCUGUAAAUUAUUGUCUGACUAGGACAAUAAUUCUAACAGAAACAUUAGAGGUAAUUUAUAAAUAGGAGUUUGAGCAUGGUUUCUUAAAAUCACUAUGGAAAUCUUGAGAAGUUUUGCAUAUGAAUGCCUUAGAGAGCCUGAUGUGGGUGUGAUAGCUUGCAGUAUAAACUGGUUAGCCUGCAGACAGUUGAUGAUAAAUGCUUCUUUUAUUAUAAGCAAGAGGAACAUUUUUCUCUUUCGCUAAAACUUAGACCUGCAAGAUAUAAUACUAAAUAAUGAAAUUGCCCCUUCCUCAGUUUGAUUUAUAGAAAUCAAUUUAGUGUGUAUUUUUAGCAAUGAUUCUGCAUUCUUGGAAUACACACACACAUGUAUGCAUCUGAAUGCUUGAAGUAUGUAGAAAUGCUUGUCUUCUGUUUGUGGUCCUUUUCUUCUCCUAUCUCUUAUUUUAGAAAAGCAGAAAUCCCAAGUGAUAGUCUUAUCCAGUUGGAGCUCCUCAUGAUGCCUAAAACCUAUUCUGAAGAAGCUUGCCAAAUUCAGCUACCGCAGAGUUCAUAACAGUUUCCGUUGACACAUGUUGUGCUACCCAGCAAAUAAAGGAUACAGUCAGCAGGAUGGAACUGAAUGGCACCAACAUCUUGACUAAUGAACCAGAGUGAGCAGCACUUGAACUGUGAUUGUUACUUGCCUGGACUAUGAACUGAGGCUUUGGCUAUAAUACCUGUUCCAAUUGACUCCAGAGAGCUGGUAGAACAGUCAUGGCAUUCUUUACUCCAUGGAAGCUCUCCUCUCAGAAACUUGGCUUCUUUCUGGUGACUUUUGGUUUCAUUUGGGGAAUGAUGCUGCUACAUUUUACGAUCCAGCAGAAGACUCAGCAUGAAAGUAGUUCAGUGCUUCGUGAACAGAUAUUGGACCUUAGCAAAAGAUAUAUAAAAGCACUCGCAGAAGAAAAUAGGAAUGUGGUAGAUGGACCUUAUGUUGGAACUAUGACUGCAUAUGAUCUGAAGAAAACACUUGCUGUCCUUUUGGAUAAUAUCCUGCAGCGUAUUGGGAAGCUUGAGUCUAAAGUGGAGAACCUUGUAAUUAAUGGCACAGGUGCAAACUCCACAAACAGUACUGCCACAGCUACUCCCAGUUCAGGAAUAGCCGAAAAACUCAAUGUCGCAGAUCUCAUUAAUGGAGCCCAGGAACAGUGUGAGCUACCUCCCAUGGAUGGUUUUCCCCACUGUGAGGGCAAAAUAAAAUGGAUGAAAGAUAUGUGGCGAUCCGAUCCUUGUUACGCAAGUUACGGUGUGGAUGGGUCUACAUGCUCCUUCUUUAUUUACCUCAGUGAGGUUGAAAACUGGUGUCCUCGUUUACCCUGGAGAUCAAAAAAUCCUAAUGAAGAAACUGAUCAAAAGACAAUGGCUGAAAUCAGAACCAACUUUGAUAUGCUGUACAAAAUGAUGUCCAGGCAUGAAGAAUUCCGGUGGAUGAUGCUGCGAAUAAGGAGGAUGGCUGAUACCUGGAUAGAAGCAAUUAAAUCGCUGGCUGAAAAGCAACACUUGGAGAAGAGAAAGCGGAAAAAAGUCCUUGUUCAUCUGGGACUCCUAACAAAAGAGUCUGGAUUCAAGAUUGCAGAAAAUGCCUUUAGUGGUGGCCCACUUGGUGAAUUAGUCCAGUGGAGUGAUUUAAUUACAUCUCUUUAUUUACUGGGCCAUGACAUAAGGAUUUCAGCUUCAUUGGCAGAGCUCAAGGAGAUUAUGAAGAAGGUUGUUGGUAACAGAUCUGGCUGCCCUACACAAGGAGAUAAAGUAGUACAGCUUAUUUAUAUUGACAUUGUUGGACUCACUCAAUUUAAGAAAACCCUGGGACCAUCCUGGGUUCAUUAUCAGUGCAUGUUACGUGUGCUGGAUUCAUUUGGGACCGAACCAGAGUUUAACCAUGCUCAUUAUGCCCAAUCUAAAGGCCACAAAACCCCAUGGGGGAAAUGGAACCUUAAUCCACAGCAGUUCUACACAAUGUUUCCUCACACUCCAGACAAUAGUUUCCUUGGCUUUGUUGUGGAACAGUAUCUGAAUUCCAGUGACAUCAAGCACUUCAAUGUCAUUAAAAGGCAGAAUCAGUCGCUUGUUUAUGGCAAAGUUGAUAAUUUCUGGAAGGAUAAGAAGUCUUAUUUGGAUGUCAUUCACACCUACACAGAAGUCCAUGGAACUGUUCAUGGGACAAGUACCAUCUACAUGCCAAACUAUGUUAAAAACCAUGGCAUCCUCAGUGGCCGGGAUUUACAAUUCCUAUUAAGAGGAACAAAACUGUUUGUUGGUCUUGGUUUUCCAUAUGAGGGACCUGCUCCUCUAGAAGCCAUUGCAAAUGGAUGUGCAUUUUUGAAUCCAAAGUUUAAUCCACCCAAAAGCAGCAAAAACACAGAUUUCUUCAAAGGGAAGCCAACCCUCCGAGAGUUGACAUCUCAGCACCCCUACGCUGAAGUCUACAUUGGGAGGCCUCAUGUUUGGACAGUAAACAUCAAUGAUCUUUCUGAAGUGGAGAAGGCAGUUAAAGCAAUUCUGAGUCAAAAGAUUGAACCUUACUUGCCCUUCGAAUUCACAUGUGAAGGAAUGCUGCAGAGAAUGAAUGUGUUCAUAGAGAAACAGGAUUUCUGCCAUGGACAAGUGAUGUGGCCCCCAUUAAGUGCUCUUCAGGUUAAAAUUGCUGCACCUGGGAAAUCAUGUAAGCAGGUUUGUCAAGAAAAUCAGCUUAUCUGUGAGCCAUCUUUUUUCCAGCACCUGAACAAGGACAAAGACCUCUUGAAAUACAAUAUUGAAUGUCAUACAGUUGAGUCUGCAAAUGAUAUUCUGGUCCCAUCUUUUGAUGAAAGAAGAAAGCACUGUGUUUUCCAGGGUGAUCUGUUGUUGUUCAGCUGUGCAGGAUCUCAUCCAAACCACAAAAGAAUCUGCCCUUGUAGAGACUAUAUUAAAGGACAAGUUGCACUUUGUAAAGACUGUCUAUAGCAGCAGCUGACAUGACUUUAUGGACAAAAAGAGCAAGUGGCCGGGACCCGGCUGCUGCAAUCUCUUGCACUUUGCUACUACAGGCAGAACAAUUGCUGAAGGGCAGAAAUCUUCACCAAGGUGGAACGGAGAAGUGAUUUGCAAGAAAUCUCAAAUGUUUUUUAUUUUUUUCGUAAGCAAGCAACUCCAAUGAAGCUCAUGGGAAUUUUUUUCUUUACUUAAGAAGGUGAAGUUCAAUACUUUGUACGACGCAAAACAAGAGUUUGUGAUAUGUUGGGUUUAUUUUCCCAACAAUUAAUUAUGAUCAACCACUUUUCUGAUUACUGUUUCCAAUACAAAAGAAAAAGAAAAAAGAAAAAAAUGUAGAAAAGAUUGGCCAGUGCAGGAAAGACAUAACACAUAUCCAAGGAAUACUUUUCUCCCAAACCAUGAAUAACUGGUGCUGUCCCGGACUAUAAGAUAACAUGGUUACUGAAUAUCUUAUCGAUGGUUUCCUCUUUAUCUGUCACUUAUUGGAGUUCUAUGAGUAUGGGGCAGGGAGCUGGGGGGGGGGGGGGAGUCUGGUGGCUACCAGUAACGAAUCCUUUUGGCUUGAUAUGAGUGUGACAUUCUUCAGGACUUAAAUUGCUACAUAAGCCUACUAUUUAAAAUGUUUGGCCUUUUCUAGAAUUAAAUGUGUACUCUCUUUCCCAUUCAUCCAAGUUCCGUUGUAGGGUGGUGACUAGAAAUACUCUGUGAACAUUGAAUGCAAAGUGAUAUCAUUAGAGCAAUAUUUUCCAGAAUUUUCUGUGAACAAGAGAAAUGGUGACUGCAAUAUAAAAAUAGAAAUGAGGCUGUCGUGGAAUAAUAGCAAAAGAGUGGUCUGUCUUGACAUAUUUAAUGCCUGUUUGGAGAUACAAAAAUUAAUUGCUUUCAGUGAGGAAGACUACUUUUCUCCUGUCUUCAUAACUAACAAAAAUGUUUAUAUAUGGGUAGAAGCAGGCCAUGUGUGUUAUAAAUUUAAAUUAAACAGAAAUAUGGAACUCAUAUUUUGUUUGUAGAUGGGAGAUAACCUCUUUCUUUUUUUACAGGAAGAACUGUACAGUUAUCUUUUAUUUUGAAACAUGUUUUUGCUGCACAACUAAUGCAUCCUCAAAUGCAUUUCUUGUAAAAAGGCAUUUAACAGAAAAGGAAUGUUCAUUUUGCAGUGAGGUCUGAAAGCCACCAAUGGUUGAGGAGGAAAAAGUCUUGAGUCAUUUUCUGUGUCCUGUGUGUGUGUUAUUUUCUUCCCAUUAAACAUUCUUCACUCUUUCUACCUAAUAAGGUAAUCACACAUCUCUGUUCUUUUGCAAUGUAUCUUAAUUCGUGAUUUGAUAUUCACCAAUUUACAUGGUAUUACUUUGUCUUUUUGAGAUGCCAAAGGCCAUAUGGGAAACAUAAUUCUUUAAAGAAAAUUGUUGAGAUGAACAUUUUUUUAAAAAUAAUUAAAUUCUUAAUUUUUAAAAUAUUACAUUUAUUUCAUUUAAAUUUGUGUAAAUGUACCUGCAAAAAUUUGACUAAGGAUCAUAAUCACAGUCCUGGAUAAAAUUUAAAUAACUGUUUGCUGUUUUAAAAAUUUGAAAAGAAAAAUGGCUUAUCAAGUUUGAAACAUUGGCUGGUAUCCAGUGUGUUAGUUCUUUGUAGAGUAAACCAUUAAGUUUCAUUUACUGCAGUGGGUCUAAGCCACAUAAGGAUGAAUUUAUUUUAUGCAUAUGAAAUUAAAAGUGAAUGUUGUCUGGCCCAGACAUACAUUAGGAUGUACUGAGAUGGCUUCCAGAAAAGUCUUGGAUAUUAAAUGUAAUAUUUAAUUCCUGAAUUCUAUCUUUUGUGUGAGAGGAUGUCAACUUCAGUCCAACAAUCCUAACAUAAACCACCCUAUUUUUUUAUUAAUACACCACUAUUAAACUAUGGCAAACUUACUUGCCACAUUAAAUUAUUUAGUCCUCAUGAGGCCAGGAUUGCCCAUUAAGCUUAGUAAUAAAGCACUACCAGUCAUGAUGGCCAGCAAAACCCUUUGAAAAUAUUUGUGCUGUGAAUAAAUCUUUGUUCAAAUUAAUUUGUCUUUUAGAAAUACGGGAUAGUUCCAGUUUAGUAUUUCUCCUCUGGGCAAGGCUUCUGAUGAAACAUCAAAUCCAAGGGCCAGGUAAAUUUUGUGGGAAGGACCGAGUCAGGUCAGGAGAGCAUUUCUCCAUCACUAGCAUGGAUUUUGGGUUCCAGUGCUAAUUUGUGUGUAUGUGUGUUUGCCUUUAUACGUCUAGGCAAGCAUUUGCUACUUUAUUGCUGAAGUCAGAAGUAUAGGUUUUUAGCAUGGCACGGAUCUAUUAAGGGCUAAUCUAGUGACUGUGUACAGUACACCAGCAAAACAAAGGUUCAGGGAGGGUAAAGCAGCUGGUGAAAUGUUAUGCUACUGAGGAUAGGAUCAGACCUUUGAUAGGUUCACUCAGUUACGUCAUAGUUUUUAUGACAGUAAUACCCUGCGGAUCCUAAAAGAGAAAUAAAUUUGUCUAUUUGGCAAAUGCAGCAUUUGUUUACUGUAAAGCCUUGGCGAUGGAACAAAAACUGAAAUCUCAGCUAACCUGCUGCAGUGAGUACAGGCACAGUAGACCUGGCACUUUCCCCAGAAGGCACUUGCAUUCAAAUGCAGAAGCAAAUUACACUUGCGCCUGUAGGCUGGCAGAUAGAUGUUUAAAGAGUGAGUUCUUAAGAUUUAAUUCAUUAAAGUUAUAUAAAAUCACAGAUAUUUUGAGGAAAUGCCUUCUCUGGUUAACCUGGAUCAGUUCCUUAAAGACUACAGGUAGAAAUCAGGUGCUUCACUUUUUCAAGAGAUCUGAAGGGGAUAAUUAGGAUGGCAAAUGUUUUUGUCAUAGAAUAUUCUAGUGCUAGAUUUUCAGUUCUGGCAAGUUUUGACUUUGAAUAGACUGAGUUGUAAUUCAUAAAUCUCCUUUAAGUAAAAAUGAUAAGCACUCGUCACCAGAAGCCAUGCCUACAUCUAUCAAAAAAUCUUUAUUUUAUAUCCAUUGAUCUGGUCUUUAAAAAAAAUUCUGUUAGAUUACCAAAACUUGAGAAAAGUAUUUGCAUAAUUUAUUUUUUUAAUAACAUUAAUAAGAUUUGCCUUUGAGAGGUAAAGAUUAAAUACACUGUUUGAAAAUGCCAAUAAAAACCUCAUUUCUUUCAUAUAUGCAAGUUGAUUUGCACAUCUAUAAAUAGAUAAGCUUUGAGUUUAUUUCAUAGUUUUAAUAGGUUGUCAUUUUUGUAGUUCUUAAUAACUGUGGCUAGGGGAGGGGAUUUUUGUUUUUUGCAUGGCAAUGUUGAAAUAUAUUCUGCUAAUAUGCGUGCCUUUAAUUUUUAUUUUAAAUAAUAGUGUGCUUGGGAUGUGGAUAAUGACUGAACAACUGUAAUGGGACACUAAUUUGAAGGUUUCUUAUACUUUUUUCAUAAAUAUUAGUUAUAUGAAUUUUUAAAAGCAUUUUCUGUUGGAAAAUGACAAUGGUGUCAAAGCAAACAACAGUUUGAAAUGUGCAGCAAGUCAGUGCUGGCUAUGGAUUUGUGAAUUUGGAUGUCAGUGUCUGACCAUAAUGCACUUUUGUGACACAUUAUUUGUACUACAUCUGAGCGGAUCAGUUGAUCAAGGCAGAGGUUGGUACAAUAUUUUUAAAGCUCCAAGUGAAAGACAAUUACAGUUCCCAAGAUCAGAAAAUCAGAAAUGUAAAUUGGCAGCAAUUAGUGCUUUGAUUUUUUACGGUAGUAUAGCAUGCUUUUCUACCUGAAUUGACACAAUUUUUCAGAAUAAGCAUUAUUUAAUCAUAAAUUUUCACAGAUUUGGAAACAUUCCUGAUAUCCUCUUGCUGGAACAUGAGACAUAUGUCCCUGCCACUACUCUUGGUGAAUAGCAAAAACAUCUAUGGACACUUCCACUUGUAAUGAAGUAAUAAAAUUAACACUGUCACAAUUCCAUGAACUUUCAUAUCUUGGUGGCUGUCUGGUUGUCUAGGAGGGUUUCUGUUUCUCCUUUAAAAUACACCCCCCUCCCUUAUACAUACAUGGGGAACAAUUCUGAGAGAGCUUGUCCCAGUGUCAGAGCGGUUGAGUGAAUUAAGUGAAUUCGUAAACAAUUUAUUUAAAUGAUUUGAGUAGUUUCUGGAGCUAAGCUUUAGAAUUAUUUGAGGUACUUUGUUUUGUUUCAUUAUACAGAUUUUGCUUUGUGCACCUAGCAUAUGAGGUAUCUUUCCUUUAACCAUUUGUUAAAGAGGUGAUAUUUUUAAAAAACCCUUCCAAAUCAGUUGUAAAUGAAAUUAGGAAUAAAAAUGGAUAAAUUAUGUUUUCAGCAUAGAAAAACAAGUCAUUCUCUUAUGGGCUAAGGUAGUAUUUGAAGAACAUAAAAUGGAAUAGGGUUCACAUAGGAGUAUAUCAUAGCAUACAAACCUUAGCGCCUUUUUUAAACAUACAAAUAGUUAUAAGCAUUUAGGGAGGUUGUAUUCUAUGUCACUUGUGGCUCAUGGAGCCUGGUGAUCCUUUAGAAAAAUAUCUGUAACACUCAAUUUAAUUAUUUAGUUAUUGACACCACCAUUUUUACUGCCAAUGAAUAUUAAUUUGAAUUGUCACCCAGAAUAGUACUACACAUUGAAACUAAAGGAAAACUGUUUAAGAAGCCUGUGUAAAUAAGAGAUGUUCAGCUGAGCUCUUGCUACCUUGGGAAUGUUCUACCCUUAAAGGUGGCCUAAUUAAUAAUGAAUAAAUAUAAUUUUAAAACAUGGCUUGUGCUUACCAUAAGUGUUAACCCAGAAUGUGGAUUGAGCUUCCAGAGAUACAUCAGGAAAAAUGCCUCUGAAAUGAACUUUACAUGUUUAUAAACCCACUUCUGUUUCCAUGCUGCAGUUCAGUGGAGCAAAGAUAAGUUUAUUCGGAUAUAUCUUCCUAUUCCGUUCAUGUCUUUAGUACACAUUGUUGUGGGCAGAGAUUGGUUUCUAGCAACUGGGAAUGAAAUGUUCUGUAUUCUCACCACAAUGAAAGCAACUCAAUCUGUAACAAAUGCUUGUUAUAGGUGCUUGAUCUUAUUGUUUUAAAACUGGCCAUUUUAUCAGUAAUAGUUAAUCAGUUCUGAAUAGCUGAAUCCCCUUUUUCUGUCAUAGUGACCCUCCGUUCAUGUUAUCAGUAUAAAUUAAGGGUGAUUUCCAAUAUCCCCUCAUUUUCCUCAUCAUGCAGCCCACUCUGUCCACCUCAAUCUACUUUAGAACAUGCCCCAAACCUCUAGAAUUGAUGCGGUUGGGAGUUAUGGAGACAAUAAUGGAGGAUGAUGCUAGUUAGAUACCUACCAUAAGAUUCAUUUGUUCCACCACUGCUGUAUGUCUGUCUUUAUGUUAGUCUAUUAAAACCAUAUGACAUGAUAGCCUUCUGUUGUGGCAAUUUCUCAUUUGACCAUCAUGAUUUUUCAUCAGUUUUAUUUCUUGUGUGUAAAGCAGAAUCUUAUACUGAUUGGAACCCAUCUUUCUUUAUAGAUCAUCCUUCUCCUUUAUUUGUGUCAAUUUCUUUAAAAGUGCCAUUCAGUGGUAGCAAGUGCAGGCAAAGCACCCUCAGUGGGUCCCAAAAAAUGUAAGAGUCAGCACAUGUAAGUUCAGAACUGUUUACAUCUCAGAUCAGUGAAUACUGUCUGCAAAAGUGAAAAGAUUAGUCCCUCAGCUAGUCUUGGAACCCUGCUACCUAACUGUCCAAACUUUCCACCCUGUAAUACUGGCCCUGGUGCCAUUCCCAUUUGGUUCUACCAUACACUGGCUACAUUCAAGCUGCAUGGAUGCUCAUUUUUGACAUCUGUUCUCCAGCUCUAGAAAUCUCUUGCAGGAGAACCACCUGUAAACAAUAAGGAAAAUGUCCACAAAUGUGUGUAAUGUGAACAGACUUCCUCUCUGAUCACAUUCCUAAGACGAAUGGUUACUAGCAAGGCUUUCUAAGAAUCUCACUAAAGAUCAAGUCUAUCUAGAAAUGCAAAUUGAUUUUAACUUACAGAAUUGAGCAAGAUGCUAUCAUUUUAACUAAUGUAGCUUUAACUGGCAAUUCCAUUAGAGUUGGCACUCCUAGUUAUCACUUACCCUAUGCCUACUAAGACAAACUGAACAAGGUU